AUGGCACGAAAAGGAAAUCCAAUUUCGGUAAGACUUGAUCUGAAUCGUAGUUCAGAUUCAAGUUGGUUUAGUGAUUAUUAUUAUGGUAAAUCAGUGUAUCAAGAUGUCAAUCUGAGAUCUUAUUUCGGUUCGAUACGUCCACCUACGAGACUCACCUUUGGCUUUCGUCUCGGUAGGUGUAUUAUUAUACAUUUUCCCAAAAGAACAUUCAUUCAUUUCUUUCUUCCCCGUCGACCACGACGACUGAAACGACGCGAAAAAUCCAGACCCGUAAAGGAGAAGGGCCGGUGGGGGGCAUUUGGGAAAGUCGGGCCGAUCGGGUGUCUUCAUUCAAGCGACGGUACAGAAGAAGAACGAAACGAAGUGAGAGGCCGGGGGGCAGGGAAAAGAGUCGAGUCGAUCAGGCUCGACGAUCGGGAGAAGCAAAACGAAAUCAGGAUUUGGCCGAAAAAGAAGCAAGGCUAUGGAUACCAUGACCGAUCACCAUCGAUAAAGAAGAAUCUUUCUAAAUCACUUCGUGUCAGCGGGGCCUUCAAGCAUCCGAAAUACGCCGGGAUUGAAAAUGACAUAGCGUUCCUGAUAGAAAAUGACGACUCCUUCAGAAAAACAAACUUAUUCAAGUUCUUUUUCCCAAAGAAGUCCCGCUCCGACCGCCCGACGAGUCAUCUACUUAAAAGGACCCUCCCCGCAGUCCGCCCUUCCUUGAAUUAUUCGGUCAUGCAAUACUUAUUGAAUACAAAGAAGAAAAUGCAUUUCGACCCCGUCGUAGUUCUCAAUCAUUUCGUGGCGCCGGGCGUGGCUGAACCAUCUACGAUGGGGGGAGCUAAUGCACAGGGAAGAAGCUUAGAUAAAAGAAUACGUUCUUGCAUCGCUUUUUUUGUAGAAAGCUCGACCAGCGAGAAAAAGUGUUUGGCCGAAGCCAAAAAGAGGGUGACCCACUUUAUUCGCCAAGCGAAUGAUCUUCGCUUCGCGGGAACAACAAAAACCACCAUCUCGCUCUUUCCUUUCUUCGGUGCUACCUUUUUUUUUCCAAGGGAUGGGGUGUAUAAUAACCUUUUUUUUGAGGAUGCCCGGGAACAACUCCUAGGUCAAUUAAGGAGAAAAUGUUGGAACCUCAUGGGUAAGGAUAAGGUAAUGGAAUUGAUAGAGAAAUUCAUAGACCUAAAUAGGAUAGGAGAAUUGAUAAGGGGAAUAGAGAUGAUGAUAGAGAUCAUACUGAGAAACAGAAGAAUUCCGUACGGGUACAACUAUUAUUUGAACGAAGUGAAAAAAAUGCGAUCUUUGUUGUAUAAUAGAACAAACACUAAUACCUUAAUUGAAUCGGUCAAGAUCAAAUCUGUUUAUCAAAGUGCUUCUCCGAUUGCUCAAGACAUCUCUUUUCAACCGAGGAACAAAACAAGAUCAUUUCGUUCCAUUUUUAGUAAAAUAGUGAAGGAUAUUCCAUUAGUAAUGAAAAAAGGGGUGGAGGGGAUCCGUAUAUGUUGUUCAGGUCGAUUAGAAGGUGCAGAAAUAGCUAGAACUGAAUGCGGAAAGUAUGGAAAAACAUCUCGUAAUGUAUUUAACCAGAAAAUAGAUUAUGCUCCUGCGGAAGUAUCUACUCGUUACGGAAUCUCAGGUGUCAAAGUGUGGAUUUCAUAUAGUAAAAAAAAAGGGGGACGUGCUAUAUCCGAAACGUACGAAAUAUAG